ACUCACACUAGGCAGGGCUACUUGGUCUGCCCUCUCCAAUAUCAUAAUAUCUCACUUUGGGGCUUUCACUUUGUCUCUCACCACUUCUCUUCUGCUACCCCUACCAUACAAUUGUUAACUUGGAACUUGAUCAAAGCAGAAAGCCAUGGCCAGUGCUUCACCAAUGGCCAGCCAGCUCAAGUCCAGCUUCACCUCCCCAGUCUCUAGAGCUUUGCUUGUUCCCAAGGGCCUCUCUGCCUCUCCGCUCAGGCUCUUGCCUUCUAAGAGAUCCUCUUCCUUCACCAUCAAAGCCACCCAAACCGACAAGCCAUUCCAAGUGAUUCAGCCAAUCAAUGGUGACCCCUUCAUUGGAAGCUUGGAGACUCCAGUGACAUCCAGCCCUUUGAUUGCAUGGUACCUCUCCAACCUCCCAGCCUACAGGACAGCAGUGAGCCCACUUUUGAGGGGAAUUGAGGUGGGCCUGGCCCAUGGAUUCCUCUUGGUCGGCCCAUUCGUCAAGGCAGGCCCAUUGAGGAACACUGAUGUGGCUGGGCCAGCUGGCUCCUUGGCAGCUGCUGGUCUUGUGGUCAUCCUCAGCGUUUGCUUGACCAUGUACGGAAUUGCAUCCUUCAAGGAGGGAGACCCGUCCACAGCUCCAUCUUUGACCUUGACCGGCCGCAAGAAGGAGCCGGACCAGCUCCAGACCGCCGAGGGAUGGGCCAAAUUCACCGGAGGGUUCUUUUUCGGAGGGAUUUCGGGUGUCACUUGGGCUUACUUCCUCCUCUAUGUCAUAAACCUUCCUUACUACGUCAAGUAGACUCACAACAUUUGCUUCUACUGUUCAACCUGUAAUGAAUGUCAUGUAUGCUAUAAUUGUUUGUGAAAAUCGUAUAUCUUAAGCUUAACACUUAAUUUGUCACUUUAAUUUAUGUUUACCGCUCGUCAAAGCUA